GAACAAUAUUGUAGUGGUUAGGAAUUAAUUUAGUUAAAAUCGCUCAUUAGGCCGAGCGGCACAACCUAUCCGUAAUGGCUAUAUUCGAGUGGCGUAAGUUUAACUUUUUCGAUCUCCGCCAGGGAGUGGAUAAAGAUAAGGUAGCCGGGGCGUUGCAGGGUGCCAAGAUUACGGCCACGGCAAACGGUAGCAGUUUGAUAGUGAUAUGCGAUGCCAGUGGAUACAUACACACGUUCAGCCGGACGUGGACGGUGAUUAGUUUCAAGGGCCACGAAGGCUCAAUCCUGUUGUGCGAUAUUUCAAAGCAAAACAACUUGCUUGUCACAGUGGGCGAGGAUAUUAAUGGCCCAUCGUUCAAGGUGUGGAAUUUAUCCAAAAUUUCAGCAGCUAACGGGGCGCAAUGCUUGCGUACGGUGCGCACGAUGGUUUCGGUGCCGACGGCUCUCGCCGUGUCAGAAGGUGGUCAAUUUAUGGCGAUUGGAUUUGCGCAAGGAAAUAUAUCUCUCUACCGUGGUGACAUCAGCCGUGAUCGAUCAAAAACCCUAAAACAACUCACGGCCGGCACCAGCGACAUAGCCGGCAUUGCGUUCAAACAUUGCCACAAGCAUACGCAAAUGUUUGUCUGUUCGAAUUCGGGAGUAUACCUGUACAAUUUGCACAGCCGUGACAAGGAGAUACGUGUGAUUCUGGCCACAAUGAAGAAACCGGUUUGCUGUUGCGCACUGCAGACCGGACACAACGAGGGACAUUUUAUGGUCGGGCUAGAGGAUGCGGUUUACUGCUACACGUCUGAUGGCCGAGGGCCUUGCUACGCGCUAGAAGGCAACAAAACGCUGCUGCACUGGUAUAGGUCCCACUUGCUGGUCGUCAUGCGCAACCCAAGAAGCCCGGGUGGCUUCAAUCUCACCGUCAUCGAUAUACAGAACAAGUUCAUCGUGUUUAGUUCGCCCAUUGAGGAGGUGGCAGCGAUUCUGACCGAAUUCGGCACCUGCUACAUCCUAACGGAGAACAAACAAAUUCUGCACCUUGACGAGAAGGAUUUGCAGACCAAGCUGAACAUGAUGUUCAAAAAGAACCUGUACGACAUAGCUGUCCGCAUCGCGAAGUGCAACCAGUACGACGCCGAAGGGUUGGCAGGAAUUUUCAAACAGUACGGAGACCACCUCUACAGCAAGGGCGAUUUCGUGGGAGCGGUUGAGCAGUACUCGAAAACCAUCGGAUAUUUAGAGCCCUCAUACGUAAUACAGCGCUUUCUGGAUGCACGUCACAUACAUUUUCUGACCGAUUACCUGCAAACGAUACACGCCCAAGGACGGGCCACGGCUGAUCACACGACGCUGCUCUUGAAUUGCUUCACCCGGCUAGAUCGAACGACGCAGCUAAAGGAGUUUUUGAAAAACGAUCAAAAGUCGAACCUCUUUGAUAUCGAUGUCGCCAUAAAGGUAUGCCGAGAUGCGUCCUACGUUGACGAGGCGUUACAACUGGCAAAGGCUCACGGAAAGCAUGAUGCUUGCUUGAGCAUUCUUACCGAAGACAUGGAAAAGUACGAUGAUGCCUUGAGCUACGUGGAAUCGCUUUCCUGCGCCGUAGCUGAGCGAAGCAUUAAGCGAUACGGAUCGGUGCUGCUGGCCAAGUGUCCGACGAGAACGAUUGCGUUGCUGAAGAAAUUAUGCACCGAGUACGCGACCAACUCUGAGGCCACGCAAGGCAAAGAUGCAUUAACGGUGGCCGAUUUACUGACGGAUCUGAAUCUUAACGGUCACACGCAAACGCAAGGAAAUCCGGAACAGUUCAUACAUUUGUUCGACGAUACGGAACUGCUGAUCGACUUCCUGGAGCAUCUCGUGCGCUACGUGCCAUCCAGCAGCCAAUGUGUAUAUAGUACAUUGAUGGAACAUUAUCUGUACAAGUGGAAAGAGUCGCCAGCAGUGGAGGAAAAGCUGCUGGACCUGCUGAAAUACAACUCCGAGCGAUAUGAUAAAACGCAUGCAUUAGCGCAGUGUCGCAUUCACGAGUUCUGGCCUGGAGUUAUGUAUCUGUAUGAGGAGGACAAACAUUACCAUCUGAUCAUACGGCACUAUCUGAGGCUUCGGCAGUACGAAGAUCUGCUAGCAUGCUGCAAAAAGCUUGCCCACAACAACGCGUCCUUAUGGUUGCUUGCGUUGAACGGGCUUAAAAACGACGCGGAAGCUCCACCGCAUCUUUUCAACCAGGUUCUGCAGGUUAUAUCUCAGAAAAGGUUGCAGGCCCCGCUGCAAGUCCUCGAUUGUUUGGCGGUAGAGAACGGACCUACAUUCCUCUCCGUGAAGGAUUACUUCAUGCAGGUGUUUCAAAAGGAGCAGGACACAAUCCGCAGUGAGGAAGAUUUGGCACGAACGUACCGCGAAGAGUCGGAGGCCGUAAAACGCCACAUAAAGCACCUGCAGCAGGGAAAUGUGGAAUUUCAAAACACUACCUGUGAUGCCUGCAAGCAGCCGCUCUCGAUGCCGGCAUUGUUUUUCCUUUGCAAACAUUCCUAUCAUCAAGAUUGCAUCAAAAGCUACACCGAUACGGAGCGCGAUUGUCCCGUUUGCAAUAAGAGCAAUAUACAAAUGAUCGAGGCGCUUCGAGCGCAAAGCGAAGCGCGCGAUCAACACGAAAUGUUUCACGAUUUGCUGGAGCGUUCUUCGGAAUCGUUCUCGGUCGUGGCCGAUUACUUUGGUCGGGGGCUAUUCAACAAGCUGCUUAUCGUAGAAGAAGGAGAUCAACAGAUGGAUGUUAUUGAACAUCCAAAACUAUCCGAGACGGUAAAUGACAUUCCGUCCUCUCUUGAAUCAAGGACAGGACAUCCCGCGACACCGUAUAGCGGCAGUAACUUUACCUACGGUGCCGGUGCAGAGGCAAGGCUUCGACAGGAGGAGGGACGUUCGGCGGGACAGUUGCGCCUCGAGGCACAAGAGAGCGAAAUGCGUAUGCGGUUGGUGGAACAGGAGCGCAUCAGACAACGCCAACAAGCGGCAAAUAUUGCCCAACAGCAAAUGAAGCUACGGGACGAUCGCCCAUCGAGAAUGCAAUCGCCGUACGGCAGCCCAAAGCCACCGAUGACUGUUUCCGGUGUCCCAAUGGUGAAAGGUAGCAGCGCGAAAGAUAUAGCCAAAAUUCCAAUCGCAUCCACAGCGCGAAAUCCUUUCGACGAGGACGAAGGCGCUUAUGACAAUACCAAAAAUCCGUUCGACGAAGAAAGUGUUCCUGCGCAACCGAAACCGCCAAGCGACCGUUCGGCGGCUAAAAACCCGUUCGAGGAAGAAUAUGACAGCAAAUUGGAUCCUUUUGCGGAAUAGUAGAUCUGAUAUAAUCAUUUUUUUCUAAUCAAUUGAAGAUUUUGUUACACGAC